GGGAAAGCGAGGCAGAGCGAGGGAAGCGAGGGAGCUCAGCGACUCGACAUGGGCGACCCGGGAUGCUAACAGCUUCAGCCGCGGAGCAGGUUUGAUGUGCCAGUCUUGAUGAGGUGGACAGACUCUGAUGGCCUCCUUGGAGCUGCUGUGUCUAGAUAAAGAAAGGCAAGAUGGUCCAGACUGGGCUUCCAGCGUUGUGCACGUUCACAGGUCCCAAAGUGCCGGCGACGAAAGUCCACCCUCACAGCGAGGACGCAGUCCAAAGAGCAAGAGUGCUGCGUCUGAGCACCGGUGUAAUUCAGCCCCAAGGACGGCUCCUGCCAGGGUACUGCACGGUAAGCAUUGUCAUCCGCCAGCAGAGAAGGUCAGAGUGUGUUGUGACCAGGAGCUGGAAACCUCAUUCACCUACAUCGAUGAGAACGUCAACCUGAGGCUAGCCACGCCGGACAGGAGCGACGGCACACCCUGCCCAAAUCCCUCCAACGAAAUCCACCUGGAUGGACUUCAUGAACUGUCCCUAAUGUCUGACCUGACGUCGGAGAGCACGGGCAGACCGGUGGAUUAUGGCUUCAUCAGCGCCGUCACUUUCCUGGUGGCAGGGAUCGCUCUGGUGAUCAUUUCCUACACCGUGCCGCGCGAGGUAAACGUGGACCCGGACACCGUCUCAGCAAGAGAGAUGGAAAGACUAGAGAAGGAAAGUGCCAGAGUUGGGGCACACCUGGACAGGUGCGUUAUCGCCGGCCUCUGCCUGCUCACCUUAGGAGGGGUGGUGCUCUCCACUCUGCUGAUGGUGUCCAUGUGGAAGGGGGAGAUGUACAGGAGGAAGGCCUUUGCGUACUCCAAGCACUCUACAAAGCUGUAUGGCUCCCUGAAUUUCAGAUCAAAGUCAAGCCCCACUCACUCACCAGCACACAGUAGUGUUGUGGAGGAGGAGCAUGGAGAAAGCAUUAGCUGACUAUUAUAUCUCUCAUAUCCUCUCAUUAUUUCUCACAUUUAUCCAAACCUGUUCAUCAAAGCACUGAUGUUACAGUACAUCUUUUUUAUUUUAUUACAUAACAUCACGUCAUAUGUCAGUUUCACUUGCCUGUUGAAUAUUAACCAAAUAUGCAAUUUCAAUAUCAUACUGUCACUUCAAUGUUAUAUUCUCAUUCUGAUAGGGAUGCACUAAAUAUUCAAGAACUGAAAUUACCACUGUCGAAAAUGGCAAAAAGGCCUUUGUAUUAAGACAAUUUUUCUUUAAAAAACAAGACAAACAUAAAUCAAUGCUAUUUAAAUUAUAGUGGUUAAAAUUAAUUGAUUCAUUUUCUUUAUUUCAGUUUUAAUUUUGGUUCAUCCCUACUCCACAGUUUGAAAUAAGUUGUACCCAACCCUAAAUUUAGGGCUUGGGUUGUUACCCUGACUGUAAGCUCUAAUCACAGCUGUUUCAGGUUAUUGAAUAUAAAGCUGGGUAAUAAACAUUACAAGACAUUUUUUAUGAUACAUAAUAAUAAUAAUGGACACACAGACAAAAUUCCUCAGUAGUGGCAGAUUUUUAUAAACUGCUGCCAAAUUAAAUAUUUUUUAUUUAAAAUCUGGUGCACCUUAUCCAGAAAAACAGGACACACUCUUUUGAAAUGUUCAUUUGGUCAGUGUUCUUUAAGCACUGAUUAUAUUCAGAAUAUGCUCAGAAAUAGGGCUGCAAUGAUUGACUUUGAUAAAAAUAUAAAUUUUUUAAAUCUUUCAUUUGUAACUACACAAUGUACUACACAAAGUUUACACUCAGGUCUUCGAAAUUGACAGACAGAACAGACCAUUUCACAUAUAAAUAUCUACAGUGCAUUUAAAGGCCAUUUAAAUCUACCAUUCAGCUGUUUCUAUCAUUUUGGAGCGAUGGAAAAACAGGAGCUUUACCACAGCAUUCAGAAAUGGAUGAAAUAAUUUUUAACUAAUGAACUAAUCAGAUAAAUAAUCAUCAGGUUACUCGACUAAUAAAUAAUCAUUAGUUGCAGCCCUGCUCAACUGCCGAAGAGUAUAAUGUGUAUCACAAAAUGUAUAAUAAAUAGUGCAUUAUAACAUUGCUAUGUUGUCACCUCUAGUUAAAUAUAAAUUCAGCAUUUAUUGAUGCAUCACAUCUUCUCAAAUCACAGCUUCUCUUCUGCUUCUCUCCUGACAAUCCUUCCCAACUCUUUGUCUCUGUGAUCUCUUAGUUAAUGCGUUCAUAACGACAUUUUAGCCUUAAUUCUUUCAUCAUUCACAUCCAAUACGAGGGCUAGGUUUCAUGGUCUCCAGCAAUUAACCCAGGCUCUAGAUCCAGAGGAGCACCACACUUGUGAAAUUAUGAAUAUGAAGUUUGCUGCUGGGUGUCUCUUCUUGAUCUAAAUGUUAUAUGCAAAUACAGUCCGUGCAAAAAUGUACACACCUUGCCUAAAUGCCAUUCAUUAAUAGUUCAUGGAAAUGGACAGCUGCAAAAUCUUUUCUGUUCAUUUUUGGAGUGUGUUUUCACAAAUGGUGAUGACAUAAGGUGUCAUAAAUCUCGCUCUAGUCUGCAAAACUGAGUCACUUAAGCAUAUGCUGCAUGCUCGGAGAGUAUAAGCUUCACUUACGCCACAUUAACAUUAAAAUCACACAAACUGAAUGUAAACAUUAAUGUGUAUGAAAAUAUGAUUUCUUAAUCAAUGAACCUGCUGUAAUGUCUCUAAUAUAAAGGAUGAUUAAAACAUGUUUUAUCAA